ACGCUUGAUUGCUUUGCAAACAAUCUGCUGUAAAGCAAAACCUUUAAACUUUCUCGUUAAAAUGUUGACGUUUAAAGGUAAAAAUAUUGAGGGAUGCACCAUUUUUUUCUCGCAAUUCUAUUUAUAACAAGAUGGAUUCUUCAAUACGCAUUAGAAGCAGGUCCCGACUUAAAAAAUCCUUCCUUAUUUAACUAUAACCUCAAAGGAGUGAAGAAUAUUGGCGAUCAUGUAAAACACAUAUUAGCCUUCGGCGACUCUCUCACUGAAGGAUAUUUAGAAGGCGGUGCACGAUUUCACCCAUAUACUACAGAACUCGAAAAACUCCUUAAUACAAACUCCUUUAAUGGGACUCGUUUUCAAAUAAUCAAUGAAGGUAUGAGUGGGGAAUGUGCGUUCGUGGAAAUGAAUACUAGAUUACCUUUAGUGCUUGACUCUUAUGUUUUAAGAUUUGAUCUUGCUCUUAUACUCGGAGGAACAAACGACUUAAGAAGAUUAGACUGUGCAAAAAAAAUUAACGUUGCUUACGAAGUUAUAACUCUGCACAAACUGCUUCAUAAAAGAGGAAUUCCAACAGUUGUCAUAACAAUACCGGAACACGAUGACACUUAUCUAAGCGAGCUAAGACAAGAUUAUAACUCCGAAGAAUAUAAAAAAAUUCGCGAAGUUACAAACAAUAAAUUAAGAGGUUUCGCCAAAAAAAAUCCGACUAAAACGCUGCUGUGCGACCUUGCAAAACUAUUCCCAAUGUCAUCGCUAAAUCCUAGACAGCAUAAGCAAUUGUGGGACGAUACCGUUCAUCCAAGUGAGUUCGGUUAUAACAAAAUAGCAUCUAUUAUAUUCAAAGUAGUGAGACAAUUUUUUCGCAUCUAGUUUAAUUUAUCUUAAUUGAAAAAGCAAAUUUUUAAAAAAGGCUAUUAAAUUUUUAAAAGGCUAAAAAAUAAACCGUAAGAGCAACAUAAUUUAAUGUACCUCAAAAUGAAGAAGCAAAUAUUAAAAAAAAGAUUAUCAUAAAAAUUCAGGCAUUUGAGGAUCAUCCAACGAAAUGGACAUUAAAAAAACAACCAUAAGAGCUCUCAAAACUCACCAUUAUCUGAAGUUUUAUUCUACAAUCAUUCUAAAACAUUAUACAAAAUAUAAAAAUAUUUAUUUCUAUUUUUAAA